UCUGUGCGCCGCCGGAGGCGGGACUUCCUGGUGACUUCUCCCGCGAAGCGUGAUGGCAGCGUCGUCAAGCUCUCCGCACUGCUCUCUGUACAAACUGAUGAACUCACAGCCUUGGAAAGAGAGUUUUCGGCGGGGAUGCUUGGAGAGGAUGAGAAACAGCCGGGACAGGCUCCUGAGCCGUUACCGCAGGGCUGGAGGCAAUACGGGAGAGAGAAAGCAGAAUGCUCUUCUUGUGCAGGAAGUGAUGGAAGAAGAAUGGAAGACUUUGCAGUCAAUGGAGAGUGCUCCGGCGGCCUUGGCGCAGUUGGAGGAGCUAAUGGAUUUGACUGUGCUGGAAGAAAUCCAACAAGAGUUGUUUGACCAAGAGCAGUCCAUCAUUAGAGAGUAUGAAAAGAGUUUGCAGUUCGAUGAGAAGUGCUUCAACAUCAUACUGGCUGAGUGGGAAACAAAUCCCCUCAUUUGUCCUGUGUGUACAAAGUACAACCUAAGAAUAGCAAAUGGUGUGGUCAUGUGUCAGUGUGGCCUAUACAUCCCCUCUCAUUUGACAGAACAGAAACUUCGUACCUGUAUAGAGGACACUGUGAGUGAGCACAGUACACACUGUACUCACACACCUAAAUUUUCUCUCACUGAAGGAAUAGAAGAAAAGCCUUCUCUUCUCAUGAGUUGUCUGGCUUGUGACACUUGGACUGUGAUCAUCUAGAGCCAGCCCUGACUUAGAACAUUCCACUGAGUUGAAAACAAUUGGUUCCAUCUGAGAAGAGCCUUGUUAAAACAAGAAAACAACAAACAUUUACAGACUUUGUUGGGUUCUGGGCCACAGCAGUGAUUAGGGUUUACUCCUGGUUCUAUACUCAGCAAUAACGCUUCCUGGGGCUUAGGGCACCAUAUGUGGUGCAGAGUAUCAAAACCAGAUUGGCUGCAUGUAACGCAUACACCUUACUGUCGAACUCUCUCCACCCAUAUAAACUUAUUUUGUAUUAAAAGUUUCCAAGCUGGGGCCAGAGCAAUAGCAGUGGGCAGCCAACCCAGGUUUGAUCCCCAACACUGCCAGGAGUAACCCUGAGCACCUUCCGGUGUGGCCAAAAUAAACUAAAUA